CUAAAAACGGUAGAUGGUUGAGUCCAACGCAACUGAAAGCAAGCUGCUCCUCCGGAUCUGCGGAUCCUUCAUCCGACAACAUGGCGAGUGUGCGAGCUGCCUCCCGGCUUCUCUCCAGAAGAGCGCUGACAAGUCCAAAAUCAGCACCAGCCGCAGCACUUCAAGGCUCAAGAGAUUUCCACUUUUCCAUCUAUGGCAAGAAGAACAAUGCCAAAGUGUCUAAUGAUAUUUCAACCCAGUACCCAGUGGUUGAUCACGAGUUUGAUGCUGUCGUGGUGGGAGCAGGAGGAGCAGGACUAAGGGCAGCAUUUGGACUGUCUGAGGCAGGCUUUAACACAGCAUGUGUCACCAAGCUGUUCCCUACCAGAUCUCACACCGUUGCUGCUCAGGGGGGUAUCAACGCAGCUCUUGGCAACAUGGAGGAGGAUGACUGGAGGUGGCAUUUCUAUGACACAGUUAAAGGAUCUGAUUGGCUCGGGGAUCAGGAUGCCAUCCACUACAUGACUGAGCAGGCACCUGCAGCUGUGGUGGAGCUCGAGAACUUCGGUAUGCCAUUCAGCCGCACUGAGGACGGCAAGAUUUACCAGAGAGCCUUCGGGGGCCAGAGUCUCAAAUACGGUAAAGGAGGCCAAGCCCAUCGCUGCUGUUGUGUGGCGGACAGGACCGGACAUUCCCUGCUGCACACCCUUUACGGACGGUCGCUGCGUUAUGACACCAGCUAUUUUGUGGAGUACUUUGCCCUGGAUCUCCUGAUGGAAAACGGAGAGUGUAAAGGAGUGAUCGCUCUUUGCAUGGAGGACGGUUCUAUUCAUCGCUUCCGAGCCCAAAACACUGUCAUUGCAACCGGGGGUUAUGGACGCACUUACUUCAGCUGCACCUCAGCUCACACUAGUACAGGAGAUGGCAAUGCCAUGGUGACCAGAGCGGGCCUGCCCUGCCAGGAUUUGGAGUUUGUCCAGUUCCAUCCAACUGGAAUCUACGGUGCUGGCUGUUUGAUCACAGAGGGUUGCCGUGGUGAGGGAGGCAUCCUGAUCAACAGUGAGGGUGAGCGCUUCAUGGAGCGUUAUGCUCCAAAUGCAAAAGACCUGGCCUCUAGAGAUGUGGUGUCUCGAUCCAUGACCAUUGAAAUCAGGGAGGGCAGGGGUGUUGGUCCAGAUAAAGACCAUGUGUACCUGCAGCUGCACCACCUUCCCCCUCAGCAACUUGCCACCAGACUGCCUGGCAUUUCAGAAACGGCUAUGAUCUUUGCUGGCGUUGACGUCACCAAAGAGCCCAUCCCAGUGCUCCCCACGGUCCAUUACAACAUGGGCGGGAUCCCCACCAACUUCAAGGGGCAGGUGAUCACUCACACACAAGGAGAAGACAAGGUGGUUCCAGGGCUGUAUGCCUGCGGCGAGGCGGCGUGCGCCAGUGUUCAUGGUGCUAACAGGCUGGGGGCAAACUCGCUUUUGGACUUGGUGGUGUUUGGCAGAGCCUGCGCCCUGACCAUCGCUGAGAACCACAAACCUGGGGAGAAACUGUCCCCUCUGGCACCCAGUGCAGGAGAGGAGUCGGUUGCCAACCUGGAUAAAGUGAGGUUUGCCGACGGAAGCCUGCGAACCUCUGAAAUCAGACUGAACAUGCAGAAGGCCAUGCAGAAUCACGCUGCAGUGUUCCGUACUGGUUCUGUCCUGAAAGAAGGAUGUGAGAAGAUGGACGCCAUUUACCAGACUAUGAAUGACAUCAAGACCUUCGACAGAGGUAUCGUGUGGAACACCGACCUGGUGGAAACGUUGGAGCUGCAGAAUCUGAUGCUGAAUGCCGUCCAGACCAUCAACGCAGCUGAGCAGAGGAAGGAAAGCAGGGGAGCUCAUGCCAGAGAAGAUUUUAAGGACCGUUUGGAUGAGUACGAUUACUCGAAGCCUAUUCAGGGUCAGGAGAAGAAGCCUUUCGAUCAACACUGGAGGAAACACACCAUGUCCUAUGUUGAUUCCAAAACCGGAAAAGUGACCUUGGAGUACCGUCCUGUUAUCGACAGCUCUCUGGAUGAACAAGACUGCGCCCACGUCCCACCUGCCAUCCGCUCAUACUAAGACCCUCCUCAUGCUAUUUAUGAACAUCCCCUCCUGUAACAGAAUGUCAUCAUGGGAUAAGUCGACUCCAUUGCACAUUUGUAUCAACUGUAGAAUCAUGAAAACUAAACAUGUUUCCUCUUGAACUGAAAUCUCUUGUUUUCUUGUUUAAUCUGUUUGAGCAGAUUGAUUUUAAAAUGGUUCUUAUGAGCUGGUUUUGUAUGUAAAAAUGGGGCGCCCUCUGUUAGUGGGUGAAUACCGCUAAAUUAAAGAGGGAAUGGUGAAGAUAUAUGUUGCUUUAUGUGGCUUAUUUAAGCAUCUUUGUCUUGGCCUGAAAUACAUAUGGUUAGCACAUGUGAUUUAAUGAAGACACAAAGGGAUAUUUUGUUGCAUAUUCACAUACAUACAACUAUAAUGUCAAAUGUUUUCUCAUUCACUAAAGCCUUGACUGGCAUAUACUUAAAUGUGUGUGUCCAAAAGUUCUUAUUCCAGCUCUCAGAAUAUUCUUCAAUCUCUGCUAAAGCUAGUAAAUAUUGUAUCUGUGUAGUGAUGUGAUAUGAGACUUUCAUGCUACAGAAUAACGUAGAUGUUCAUUCUCCUCAAGUCUGAACAAAAAUAAUCCAACUAUUCUUGAAUUUGGACAGAUAUCAAAUCUGCUUUCGCAAGGCUGCCUGGGGUUGCUUUAAUCAUGCAGGUAAAUUGUGUAUGUUUUCAUCACUGUGUUAAAUUAUUCCGACCUUUUCUAAGGUUUAUUCAGUUUUCAUUUGUACUCAUUUCAUACACUCAUUAAAGUGUGGACUAUGCAUGAGAAC